AGAGGUUAAAGAAGCGCCACUGGAAUUGCGCCGUGUGUUACUGUUCCUUUUCUUUUCCUUUCUUCACUUUCUCAUUCUCAUCUCAACUCAUUCCUCUGUUUCACUUUGAGACAACACAACACAUGGCUUCCUCCUUCGCACCUGGUACCACCAAAGCCGCCACUAAUCUCUGUCUCACACACUCUUCCCGUCUCUCUCCUAAACCCAACAACCUACGCUUUCACACCCCCAACAAGCCUGGUCAUGUGCUGUUAUGCCCAAGGGUUAAGGCCCAAUUAAAAGAGGUUUCCCUUGAUGGUUCCUCCAAUGCGCCUCCUCCUAACAAAGAAAAAUCAGACAAGGAACCACCCAUGAAACCUUCAGCUGAAUCAUCUUCUUCGGUCCUGGCAACACAAGAGUCUGUCUCUCAGUUUAUUAAUCAAGUUGCAAGUCUUGUCAAGCUUGUUGAUUCAAGAGACAUUAUGGAGUUGAAGAUGCAGCAGCAUGAUGUAGAAAUAACAAUCAGGAAAAAGGAGGCUAUGCCUCAACUGCAACCUGCAGUGGUGUAUUCAACCCCUCCACCAGCGAUGCCCCUUCCACCUGUUGAAUCGGCUUCUCCUCCAACAUCUGCUCUAGCUCGCCCUUCCCCUACACCAGCUUCUCCCCCUGCUGUCAAGUCAACUAAGUCAUCACAUCCGCCUCUUAAAAGCCCCAUGGCAGGGACAUUCUACCGAAGUCCUGCACCUGGUGAACCUCCAUUUGUGAAGGUUGGAGACAAAGUAAAGAAAGGGCAAGUGGUAUGCAUCAUUGAGGCAAUGAAAUUGAUGAAUGAAAUAGAAGCUGAUCUGUCAGGAACUAUAGUUGAAGUCAUUGCGGAAGAUGGCAAGUCUGUUAGCGUUGACGCUCCCCUAUUUGUGAUUGAACCAUAGAGCUCAGAGUAUUGAAGUAAAAUAUGCAGUUUGGUAGUUGAAGUGUGAGGCUCAUCAACCCCCCUAGGAGGUCUAGGAAGAUUUUGUUCUAAGUUGGGAUGACACAGUUGAGAAAAAUUCUUGUUUACAAUGGUUGUAUUCCUUAUUUUUCGCUUCUACAUGAUUGCCCUAUGUUCUAGUGAA